GACAUUAAGAAAACCAUAGUUGGAACUCUGUUGUUUGUGUCCAGGGUAUGUGUCUGUGGGGAGACUUUCACAUGGGGAUCACAACCCUUCACUGGAUCAAUUCCUACUGGAAACUUGGUCUUGUCAGCAGCAAUUUUGAUUAGUGGCAGUAGCAUAAAUCAAAGUUUGACCAUGUUUCAACAUGCUAAUAUAUCCUGUUUCUCAGAGAGAACCUAUCACAACAUCCAACAGCAUUAUCUUGUACCAGCUGUUGAAAGGGUUUGGAAAGUACAUCAAGAUGCAAUAUUUGAUGUAAUAAGACAACAAAAUGUAGCUGUUGUUGUUGGGGGAGAUGCUAGAUGUUGUUCACCUGGACACACAGCUAAAUAUGGAUCAUAUAGUUUGAUGGAUCUGGAGCUGAGACAGAUACUUGAUGUUCAACUAGUUCAGAGCAAUGAAGUCAAAAGUUCAUAUUGGAUGGAAAUGGAGGGUUUGACGAGGUGCCUUAAGAGAGUUGAAGAGGAGGGAGUAGUUAUUAGUGACCUUGUUACUGACAGACAUCCCCAGAUUAAAGCUUACAUGAAAAAAGAAAGAAGUGACAUAAACCAUUGGUUUGAUGUGUGGCAUAUGGCCAAAGGGGUGUUUAAAAAGUUGGAGGCUAUUGGGAAGAAAAAGAAGUACAAGCAAGUGGGUGAUUGGGCACGGUCAGUUUCAAACCACCUAUACUGGUGUGCAGCAUCUAGUGAAGGAGAUGGUGAAUUGGUGUCUGAGAAAUGGCUGUCUAUCCUCAACCACAUCACUGAUGUUCAUGAGGGUCAUGGGAAGCGAUUCCCCAAGUGCUUACAUGGUGACCUGGAGGACAGAGAUUGGAUUAAGAAAGGUAGUCUAGCUUUCCAGGAGAUGGAAAAAGUUGUUAAGGGCAGACUGCUGGUGCAAGACAUUAAGAAACUCUCCCCUGCAGAGCAAACUUCAGCACUUAAAGCCUACCACAAUGUAGUGUGUCAUUUUGCACCCAAAUCUUUGCAUUUCUUUUAUGCUUCAAUGAAGGCCAGACUAUACAUUGCAGCCCUGCACUUCAAUGAAAACUCCAGCCGGGAUCAAGCUGUAAACAAAAGUGGAGAGCUAAUAUAUUCUGUGUCAUAUCCAAAAGGCAGAAAUGGAGCUGGCAUUCCAAAGGAAGUCAAAGUAAAGCAAACAUACAAUUAUGCAAUGGUUUUGAUGCAAGAAGUGAUCAAAGUGAGACUGGAGUUUGGUUCGUACAGUGAGUCCAGAAAGAGUCGUGAGGCUGCCAUGGUGAACUGUCCUGCUUCAAUUGCAUCCUCGUACCAACAUGUCCCAAAGUCAGAACUUGUGGAGCGCCAUAUCUGUCGGUUUAAUAAAAAAUGUUAGUUUACCAUACAAUCAUGAACAAACAAAAUGAAUUGUGCUCAAAUGUCAAAAACUUUCUAAGCUUGUAAACAUCAAUAAUUUUCUAAGCUUGUAAAAAUAAAAUUAUGUCUUUUGAGUCAUGA